AUGAAAGCACAUCUUGACAAAUACAUUAUCGGGCAGGAUCACUGUAAAAAAGUUCUUUCAGUUGCAGUGUUCAAUCAUUACAUUCGGGUCCAGGAUGCUUCAAACGAAACUUCCUCUACAUUGCUGGGAGCACCGGUGCUACACAAAAAGUCCGAUACUGGCGUGGAACUUGAGAAGUCAAAUAUUCUCCUUUUUGGCCCUACUGGCUCAGGUAAGACAUUGGCGGCAACCACUAUGGCCCGUGUGCUUCAGGUACCUAUAGUUAUACAAGACUGCACCUCGCUGACACAAGCCGGUUAUGUGGGCGAGGAUGUGGAGAGCUGCAUCCUAAAGCUUUUGGCCAAAGCUGAUUAUGAUGUCAAUCUUUGCCAGCGCGGCAUUGUUGUUCUGGAUGAGCUGGACAAGCUUGCCAAGCCUCAGGUAUACGCUGGCACGAAGGAUAUAGGCGGCGAAGGGGUCCAGCAAGCGCUCCUGAAACUGGUUGAAGGAACUAGUGUUUCGGUCCAGGGUAAGAAAAGCAACCAUAUGGAAAAUACUGGACUGGGAGGAGGUACGGCAGAGUACACGGUAGACACCUCUACAAUUCUAUUUAUUGGCAUGGGAGCUUUCACAGGACUGGACAAAAUCAUCAAAAAACGACUGGGUCGUAAAAAACAGUCCGACGUCCUAUCCAAAGCGCAACCCUCAGAUUUGGAGCAGUAUGGGUUGAUCCCCGAGCUUGUGGGACGUAUGCCUGUUUUCUCUUCUUUGAAACAACUUGAAGUGGACGACCUAGAGAGAAUUUUGGUGGAGCCGCAAAACUCAAUUGUCCGCCAGUAUGAGUACUCAUUUGCCAAGAGUGGGGUGAGGUUGGCCUUCACCAAAUCCGCUGUACGGAAAAUAGCAGAAACAGCUCUUAAAAAUGGUACUGGAGCACGAGGUCUGCGGGGGGUCUUGGAAAAAGUGCUGCUGGCAGCGAACUAUGAGUGCCCCGGGAGCGGGAUCAGUUUUGUGCUUGUAGAUGAAGAAGUCAUGGAGAUGGACGAAAUAACGCCGAAGUAUUUCGCACGAGGGGAUAUCUUCCGGUUUUUGGAACAAGUGGGAAAAGAGGACGAACAAUUGCGCGGAAUGCUUAGUGACGAGUACGGCAUACCAAAAUUCGAGUCGAUAAAAAAUUAG